AUGGAAUCGCUCGACCAGCAACGCAAAACGGCAUUUUCAAAGGUUAGAGAGCCAUGUGUUGCAUUAUCACGGCUAGCUCUAGCCCCUAACUUUGAUCCGGAAUCUCGCGCAGUGGCCGAUGCGCUUGAGAGUCUUUACCGGGCCCUAGCGUCAAUUCAAAACCCAGACGACAUUCUUGAAGACAAUUUUGCCGAUUAUAUAUUUUUCCCUUUAGCUCGACUUUUGCAAAAACCCAAACUUGGCGAUAAGAGUACAGUUUAUUUACAGCGUGUACUGGGGUUUUUGAUCCAGCAUGCAUGGGCGCGGACCAUGGUUCCGGAAAUGGCCAAGCAGCUGUUUAUUCUGCUGACAUUUUUGGUAGACAAGAAAUCCAACAAGGAUCGGUCAGAGGUUAGUCGUGCAGCAGGAUGCGAGGCUCUUUCCAACUUGUGUGCGGCAAUUGCCAACACCCCGGGUACUGCACUUGCUUUUCGAAAUGAUACGACGGUGAUCCCCACAGUGGGCCAAGCAGUUUCUUUAUUUCUCGAGUGCGCGUUAACAGGAGUUUCGAAUGUUGAACUGCAAAGAAAUAGUUUGGAAGCUCUUGACGCCUUGCUUUUUAACGUUAUAAAGUCUGGAGAAGCCACUGCUACAAUGCUUCCAGGAAUUGUCUCAACACUGAGCAAAGUUCUGAGUCCUAAACAUGGCUCACACAGACACUAUACAGUGUAUGCGCUUGUUUUCCAAGUUUUUGAGCAUUUACUUACGAGCGUAUUUGACGACGCGGAUCUUGGCCUUUUGAAGCCCAAGGGACAGCCUACAAGCAUUGCAGAGAUUGCGGCUGGAAUCAAAACAGAAAGAGCUAAAAAUACAAACAAGAUCCGGACAGAUUCUUGGCUACGUGCAAGCAAAGAUCAACUGAAGACGGCACUGAGUGUGAUACCAGUAUUUAAGGAAGCAAAAGCUCAGGUACAGGUGCAAGCAGCAGUACUGUCUUUAGCACUUGGAGUGAUUAAGCAGUGUUCGCAAGCGCUGGAUAAUUGUGUGCCAAUGUUUGUUGAUCUUGUUUUGGUUCUUGCGUCGCAGGGAGACGCUGGCGACGCUGUUGUUGGACAGCAAGCUCGUACAGAAAUGGAACAAGUGUUGGAGAAAAAUGCGACUAUCCGGGACGUUUUACAAGAACGAGUUUUUGCUUGGGUAGAUGCAAUGCCUCGGUUAUUGUCGGCACAUGAUGAUACCCAAGCGUUAACAAUUUUGACGUCGAUCGAGACCGCAGUGACACUUCUUGGAGGCCAGGAGAGCGGCGUUGAAUUGCGAAUAUUACUGGACAAGUUUGUAGGCCAGGUCCAGGACACUGUACGGCUUACGACGAAUGAUAAAGUGAUUCCACAGACGCUUAUUGAGGGAGGGGUUGGGAAAGAGAGUUUUGCAGCAGCGGAAGACGUGCCGUUUGAGGAGUUUGGAUUGGACACAACACUAACUUCUCGAGUACAGACCAAAGUGGGCCAGGUGGUCGCGACGCUUGCUGGACAACUUGUAGAGGAGUCUCGCGGGGUGCAGUCAUGCCAAGGACUCGUUGAGCAGGCAAGAAACAUUCAAACGAGUGCAAGCGAUGCGGCGGUCAGUACGUGGCUGGCAGUGGGUGCGUUUGCAGGAACGGUGCACGAGACGCGGGCUCGACAAGAGGUGGCCAGCUGGUUAAACGAAGAGAGUGGGGGGGAGCAGGUGACUACUCAACAGGAGAAGGAUGACUUGGCGGCUGAAAUUUAUGCAUUUUGUGUGGACCUUUUAUGUGGAGCUACCUCGUAUUCAGCACAAGAGCCUGUGGGGAAACAGCAACAACAACAAAUAACAAGACUGAGAGAUGUACAGACAGCGGCGGCGGCUCGUGGAAUUGCGCUGGUUGCAGAGUACAUGGGCGCCGAGUUCCAGCAUUUACUUGCAGAUGUUUUGUAUCCGUUGCUGGAUCUUAUCGGAGCGCCAGGAGCACGUGCAGUUGGAGAUUCUGCAAGGGCUGCUUUAGGACAGAUUGCCAGGAGCUGCGGUUAUACUGGCGGGGUACGGGCGCUUAUUGUGAGCAAUUAUGAUUAUGUUGUGGACGCAUUGUCACUGCGGUUAUCUGCUCUUGAUUUCUCGCCGCAAGGGUUGGCGAGUCUUGCGACGGUGGUACGAGUGGCCGGGCCUGGGGUGCUGCCAUAUUUGGAUGACGUUGUUGCGAGUUUGUUUUCUGUACUUGAUAGUUACCAUGGGUAUUCUGGGGUAGUUGUUGGAGUAUUUGAAGGAUUACGGGCAGUAGUUGAAGAAACAAGCAAGGCAUAUGUUACUGGGGGUCAAAAGAAGUUGGUAGAGGGAGGAAAUGGGAAGCGGGAUGCAGAGCACUUGAGGACGUUUGAGGAACUGUUGGAAGUACUUGCGAGGAAACCGAAGGAAGGCAUGUCAGCCCAAGAGUUUGAGGAUAUUUUGAAUGGAGACGAACAUCACCCGAAUAAACCGUUUGGAGAAAAGGAAGAGAUGGAGGAUGUUGAUGAUGCUUCCAAAUUAGAAAGGGAGUUACAGAAUCAAGGAACUAUGGAUGCUGGGGAAGAGAAAAUUCCUUGGAUGUCACCUGUGCCUCGAGCAGCUUGGGAUCUUGUUUGUCAGAUUGCAACGUAUGCCGGGACGUUUUUGGUACACGAGUCUGGAGCGUUGCGACGCAAGCUUCUUGAUUUGUUACGCAUGGCACUACCUGUGCUUGCAGUUUCGACCCAAGAUCUGCCAGAGGGGUUUUUACCGCUGGUACAUGAGGUGUGGCCGGCAGUGGCACGAGUGGUUGAGGAUGAAGAAGCUGGGCCACAAGAACAAGCCACGGCACUCCGGGUUGUUGCAGAGAUCCAGCGGACAGCUGGGGAAUUUGCGGCACCACGUGUGGGUGCAUUAUGGCCUCGAGUACGGGUAUUGUUGUCUACAUAUUCUGGUCGUGGUCGUGGUAGUGGUAGUGGUAGUGGUAGCGGUAGCGGUGUCGGUGUCGGUGUCGGUGUCGGGGGGCAAACUGCAGAUGAGGGCCAAGACGAAACUCAUGGUGUUGUUCAGGCUGCGCUGGAGGUGAUUGCAACAGCGCUGGAAUAUUCGCGACCAGAUGCAGAAACAUUUGCAGGAAUUGUGAGUGCAACAGCACCAUUUUUAAUGGGAGGGGGGAAUAGUGCAGUUUCAGAGCGGCUUGGAAGGGCUUUGGCUGGAGUUAAUGAGGACGCGGCUUGGUUUGCUCGGGUUAGGCAUGUGGAGAAGCCUACAGAUGUUUAUGGGUUUCUUGUAUUUAGUGUUUAA